UGGAGCAGGUCACGUCUAUACCAGGAGCUUGGCUUUAAUGCUGAAGCUUGCCUUGCAUAAAAGUCCGGUAAAGUCAAAACUAUACCGCGUCCUCUUUUUGCUCAAACCGCACAUAACAUUUUAUCGUUACCUCUUUUCUUCAUUUUCCGGUAGGAAAAUUGUUGGGAAUCGAGCCAAUCUAUUCUCUUCCCUCCAUCCAAACUAGCACUUUUAUCGUUAAUUAACCGACCACAAUAUCUGAACUUUCUUUGCUGUUUUGUUUCUUUCAAAUUUCAUGUUUUCUGUUUUUUUUUUUCUUAUUAUUAUCAUAUGGAAAGAAAACUUGAGAUGUUUUAGAAACCUCAAAGUUCCAAUCUUUCUUGGAAUCUUACACCCAAGUGUGAUAAUUUUUGUUCAUGUUUCUCUUUUGACGUUUUCUUUGUUUUGUUUGUCUUAAAGUAGAAACUAUUUUUUUUUUCUCAGUAGCUUCUUGAGGUUUUUGUUAUAAAGGGUUGUGCUUUUCGAGGUCUUUUGAGACAAUUUUAGCUGUGAGAUUCGUUUAUAUUUUUGCUUCUUUUUUUUUUUUGUUUGGGGGGGGCGUCGCGCUUUUGCUUUUGAGGGUUUAAUAAUGGCUGCAGGGUCAACAGUUCGGUUAGUUCGUUGCCCAAAGUGUGAAAAUCUCCUACCAGAGCUUCCUAACUAUUCUGUAUACCAGUGCGGUGGUUGUGGUGCUUUUCUUCGAGCAAAGAAGAAAGCGGCUAUAAAUGGUCUAUUAGAGAAGCGUGAAAAGAAGAGGGAUGAAGAAGCCCGAGAGGGUUUUGAGAAAUUGCAGAGUUUGUCAGAGAAAGAAGAUGGUAGUAAUUUAGGCAUUGCAUCUGAGGCUGAGUUGGAGAGUGAUAUGGUUUUUCUUGAUAGGAGAAAUGUGAGUGUCUUUAGAGAAAGAACUGCCGAAUUGGUCAUUAGUUCUUCAUUGAAUAUAGAAAACAAAGAAACUUCCAUUGAUAGCAGCAAUGGAACUGUGAAGGAACAAAUUUUGGGUUAUGAAAGAGGUGCAGAGAGAGGAAAUGGUUCUACUAAUAAUUAUAGGCUACCGCUGAAGCACCCAAUUGGGAAUAGGGCUGGCCGGGGUGAUAAUGAAAUGAACAUGAAUAAAGCCGAGUUUGUUAAUUCAAGUAGGGAAAAAGGUGUUGUAGAAAUUUCAGCCCAAGUUAAGGGUUCUGCUGGGUCUUUGAGGUCAAGGAUGAUUGCGGGCAAUUGGAGUUUGGAUAAAGAUGGCAUGGAGGGACCUUAUGCAAACCCCAGAAUGGCUGCUGAUCAGAGCAGUUUUGCGACUUUUGCUUCUUCUGAUGAGGGACCUUCAAACUAUUGCUUGAGCUCUUCUUCUUAUGGAUAUGGUAAAAUGGUGAAGAAUUUUGAUGACCUGGAUGGGUCUAAUAGAUUUGCACGCUUAGAGCAGAAUCGAGCUGAGUUGCUUAGGAAACUGGAUGAGUUGAAGGAACAUAUCUGCAGAAAUGGUUCUGCAGCUGAGAAACAAAGUGAAGGGGCCUUUGGUGCUUACCAUGAUAGUGCUACUUACAAUGUUCCGGUGAAACCUUUAGCUCCAGAUAAGCAUGUCCAAAGAAACCCUUACUUUAAGCAACAUGGCCGUGAUAUAGAUAUGCAAAACUUUUAUUUUCCUCCAAAUCACGUUGCAAAUGAAUUUCCGGUUUAUGAGGAUCCCAUUCAACUAAAAUUACCCAGGAUGAGUUCCCAUCAACCACCUGGUCAGUAUUGGCAGCAAACUCCUGCUGAUUACGUGCUAGAGGAAUACAGGGAUUUCAACCAAGAACAACGCAUUGCAUCUUAUCCUUGUGGAACACCAUAUCAAGAUCCUCCUUGUGCAUGUUUCCACUGCUACAACAAUAAUCGACAUGUUUCUUCACGAGUCCCAGUCUCUGUUUUUGGCAAUAAAAAUAUUUUGAAGGACCCAACUGAUUCCCACUUCAACUACCGUGUCAAUCCUAUCACAUUUGGGUCAAAGAAAUGCAAACCUCAAGCCAAUCCUCCUAAAUUUCACGCACAAGAUCCACAGUCACAUGGUAGUUGGCCUAGUGACCUCGAUUCAGAUGUGAAUGUUUUUCAUCAGAGGCGUCCAAGGAGGGUGGUUGUAGCUCGUGGAAAUGUGCGUCUUUGCCAUCCUAUUGCGGGUGGUGCCCCAUUUAUAACAUGCUCCAGUUGCUUUAUGUUACUAAAACUGCCAAGAAAACUUAAAGCAAGGGAGAAAAAUCAGCAGAAACUGCAAUGUGGUGCCUGCUUAACAGUAUUCUUGUUUGAAAUUAAGAACAAGCAGCUAAUUAUUUCUAUUCCCACUGAAAUGAAGCAAAUAUUGGCUGGAGCAAAUGAAGGCUCUUCUGAGGUCUCAAAAGAAGUCCCUUCAAUUCCUCAUGGUGGUUUUAUUGCCCAAGGAAUGGAUUGCUCUGUAAAUGUUGAUAAUCCUGGUCAUGAUUUCCAGACAUCAGAUUUCAAAAGAAAUAUCCUGUCAGAAGUCCAGAGGCUGAAAUUAAUUGAAUUUGAGAAAAGGCAGCACCUUUCCCUAUCUCCCAUAUCUUCUGGGGAAGAAGAGGACCUGGAUAGUGUGAUUGUUAAGAGAGUUGUUUCCUACAUUCCUGAGCUGCCCACAAAAGAUAACGCAUCUCCAAAAUUUCCAGGUUUACCUUUAUCAGAGAGUUUGGAUGACGUCUCAUCUAAUAAGGAAGAAAACAGACAUGGGAAAGGAAACAAGAGUAAUGGAUCAGACCAUGAAAAGGUUAUACUUGACAAGAGUACUUCUCAACAGAAAUCGGUGAAAGAUGCAUCAGAAACUGAAGUGGAAGUUUCUUUCACUGAAUACCUAAGUACUAAUUUAUCUCAAGACUCUAUGGAGAUGAGUGAAGAAAAAGACCAGUCUAGGAUCAACAAGGGAAGCGAAUCAUUCCUGGUGGGUCUCCUCAGGAAGGGCUUUGGGGAUUUCUCAAGAUCUAAACACCACGUGGAGGGUGAAACUGAAGAAUCUAAUAUUUCUGUUAAUGGGCAACCUAUUCCAGACAGUAUGGUGAAAAGGGCUGAAAAGCUAGCUGGGCCAAUUCUUCCUGGAGAUUACUGGUAUGAUUUUGAAGCUGGAUUUUGGGGUGUGAUGGGACAACCUUGCCUUGGCAUAAUUCCUCCUUUUAUUAAGGAGUUUAAUUAUCCCAUGCCAGAAAAUUGUGGUGCUGGAAACACCAGUGUCUUUGUCAAUGGGAGAGAACUUCAUCAGAAAGAUUUAGAUCUACUUGCCAGUAGAGGACUACCAACCACAAGUUAUAAGUUCUAUACUGUUGGAAUUUCAGGGAGAGUUCUUGAAAAAGACUCUGCUAAAGAGCUAAACAGCCUUGGUGAACUCGCCCCUACGGUCCAGAAGCUGAAGCGAGGAUUUGGGAUGAAGGUUCCAAGAAGAAAGCCUGUCUGAUCAGUAACAUUUUAGUUUAAUAAUCUUGUUCAGCUGUAAAUAUGAAGGCAGUCACCCCUUGUAUUUAUUUGUAUGUGUUCUAUUGAUGCCUGAAAGUGCGCUUUCUUCGCAGCAAAUGCUAAUGUCAAAUUCCUGAUAUGCUUGCUUGUACUGACAUGAUAUUUUUGACCUCAAAUACGAACUAGUUUGUACA